CUGAAGAUGAAGGCCAAACGCUCACCGUGAUUUUAGGUCGUGUGAUUUAUUAUUGCUUUUACUGGCAAUGUCAACUACAAAACCAUUCGUUCCGAAAACGUCUGCAAUAACAUCAGAAUAUACGAUUACAAAUACUGUACUAGGCUUUGGGGUAACAGGAAAAGUGGUGCAAUGUGUUCAUAAUGUGACAGGAAUUCAGUAUGCCUUGAAGAUACUUGAGGACAAUCAUAAAACAAGGCGAGAGGCUGAAAUUCAUUGGAGAGUUUCAGACUGUCCUCAUAUCGUAAAGGUUGUAGAUGUAUUCGAAAACACAAAUCAGAACACUAAAAAGAACUAUCUUUUACUAGUAAUGGAAUGUAUGAGGGGUGGGGAGCUAUUUAAUAAAAUAAAGGAGAAUGAAAACUUCACGGAAAGUGAAGCUGCAAAAAUUGUUUAUCAAAUAUCCUCUGCUAUCGCCUAUCUUCAUGAAAGAAAUAUAGCGCAUCGUGAUCUCAAACCAGAAAAUUUGCUUUACACAUCUAAUCAGAGCGAUGCUGUCCUCAAACUUACGGACUUUGGAUUUGCAAAAGAAGUUAUCGCCAAAAAGUCACUUCAAACACCAUGUUACACUCCAUACUAUGUCCCGCCAGAAAUCCUGAACUUCGAAAGAUACGACAAGUCUUGUGAUAUUUGGUCCCUAGGUAUAAUAACCUAUAUUUUGCUUUCAGGUUGUCCACCAUUUUUUAGCCAGAAUGGUCAACCAAUAUCUCCUGGUAUGAAAUCGAAAAUUCGAGCUGGAAAAUACGAUUUUCCUGAUGCACAAUGGAAAUACGUUUCAAAAAGUGCUAAGGAUUUAAUCAAAAGUCUCUUACUCACAGAGCCAGAUCGUAGACCUACAAUUAGAGAAGUGAUGAGUAACCACUGGGUGGCUCAACAUAAUGAUGUACCUAAUACACCUCUUGGAACUAGUGUAUUUCUCACCACAAAAGCAUGGGAUCAAUUUCGAGAGUUAUUUUGUGAAAGUCUUCAUACAAAACGUAAAGAACACUCCAAUGUUCCAACUUUAAUGACUUUAGAUGCUUCCAAGAAUCCUCUAUUAAUUAAACGUAAAAUUAAUCAAAAAUCUAAUCCUGAAAAUGAUGCUCAUAAAACAACACUAAAGUAAUCAGUAUAUAUAUAUAUAUAUAUAUA